AUGGACGCGUCGGGUGCCAUUGUGCCGCGCUCGCUACAAAGUUCGUACGCGAAACUCGCUAGACCACCUACACGAGAUCGUCCGUUGCAUGUAGUGAUUGCAUGCACAGGCAGUGUGGCCAGUGUGAAAAUUCCACUCAUGGUCGAGCGCUUGAUGAAUUAUGCAAACGUUCAUGUAUUUGUCGUUGCGAGUGCAGCAGCCUUGCACUUUUUCCAGAGGGACCAAAUUGAGGCGAUGGACCUCUCGUCUCAGCACUUUUCUGUGGCAGAUUUGGCCGAGAUGAACAGAACAGGCAUACAUGCCAAGUCACCACGGCUUCGCGUAUGGACAGAUGAACAUGAAUGGCGUGCAUGGAAACGUGUAGGAGACCCUGUUUUGCACAUAGAGCUUCGACGAUGGGCGGAUCUCGUGCUUGUGGCGCCAUGCAGUGCUGAUACACUGGCCAAAUUGUGUCAUGGUCUCUGUGACAACGUAUUGACGUCCUUCAUGCGCGCACUGUCGCCCUCGACACCCGCCUGGAUCUUUCCUGCGAUGAAUACUCUCAUAUCAAAACUAUCGAAUCGUUUGGGUACAAGGUCUAUGGACCCAUCUCCAAACGCCUCGCUUGCGGAGAUGUUGGCCAGGGUGCGAUGCUUGAAUGGACAGAUAUUGUGCAAAUGA